AUCAGAAACGAAGCCAGCGCCAGUGCACGGGCCACGGCAACGGCGGCUGCUGUACAAACGAUUCGCAACGCUCAGUUCAGUUACGCGCAAGAUUUCAACAUAAAUUGUAGCACACUUUAGUGCGACGGACGCGGUUAAAGCGGGCGUGCGCAGCAAAAUUGCACGGCAAGAAUCCCAAUCAGUAACAGAAACGGAAGCGGAACAUCUUGUCUGAGUUGGUUCUGCUAUUCAAAUAAUUGUCAGCCGCUUUAAUUUUUUGUUUUUUUUUUUUUGGUUUUGUUUUUUUUUUUUUUAAUAACUUCUGCGAAGUUUGUUUUUAUAACGCAUACGACAAACUUAAUUCGCUCAUUCAGAAAGAAAAAGAAUAAAAAAAAUAGUCCGCACAAAGUCUUGCUACAUUUGCAACGCUUUUAUAUAUUUUUUUUGUGCUAAACGCGUUGCCAUCGCAGCCGCCGCCACUAGAUUUUUUUCUCGCUGCGUGCGUGCGUGUUUUUAAGUGUGUGUGUCUGCUUGACUGAGUGUGUGUGUACGCGUAUACGAAAGCGUGAUAUAUGUAUAUAUUUUUUUUUGCACUCUGCUCGUAUGCCAAACAACAAGCCAUGUCCAUAAAAGCGUCAUGUUAAAAUAGCUAGAAAAUCGCAACAAAUAAAACAAAUUGCAAUCAAAUAAUAAUAAUAAAACGAAAACGCACAACUCGAAAGAGUUCACGAUUAGCCCGAUAAGCUCAAUCUUCAGUCAGCCACCCAAAAUACUUAGUCUAAGUCGAUGGAUGAGGAAGACGACGAAGCCAAGCAUCAAAACGAAACGCACAAAGCUUACGGAACGAAACGUAACGUUAAAUUUUCAAAAACAAAACUACAAAACGAGCGCAGCAUCCAAUUUUAGGCUUAGCUCCGCGCCAAUACAGAGAAUAGAAUAGUAAAGUGGAAUCAGUGGAAGCUGGUCAUAAGCUCCCAGCCAGCUCGCAAUAAAGGACAAGAGGAAUAUAAUAAGCAGAUGAAGCGUAAUUGAUAUGAAAUAGAAAAGAGCUGCACACUGACUUAGUCGAGCAGCAAUUGUAUUGCAAACAUGUUUACAACAAUAGCAGCGCGAAUUGCAGCGGAGACGAGCUGAUUACGCCGGACAGCGAAGGGAGCCAAAGGAGCGAACGCAGCUAGGGGUGCCAGUGGCGCCAGUGGUGCCAACGGAGCCCAAGGAGCUGCGCAAUGCAAGCGAACAGCAACCGAUCCACAUUAAGCGCACAAUCCUCCGGCACACCGUCGGCCUCAACGAUAUCCUCGUCGCAGGGCAAGCAACAAGUUGUCGAACUAUCGGGCUAUGUUAUCAUACUUGUUGAGAAUGCGGAGGGUAAAAUUAAAUUAUACGGCUCACCGUCCGAUCGCGAUAAUCUGGAAGUGGGCGAUGAGAUACUCGAGGUCAAUGGACUCAGCCUGGAUAAUAUAUCACGCACGGAAGCCAUACGCCAUAUCCACGAUUGCAUCAAGUCCUGCACAAUUUGUUUGCGUGUGCGCAAGAAAAAUGAUUCCAGAUUGGCGUGGGAUAUUGGGAACUCAGUGCAGGACGCGUUUGUCAUUGCCGUCGAGGAGCACGCGAGGGAGCGUCUACAGCGUUUGGCUGCCUUAAAUCGUGUCACGCCCGUGGAUAUAACUCAGCUCUCCAAAAAGCUGCAGCAAACGAAAAGCGGCACCACGACCAGCCAAAAGCAGGAUCUCAGCUUCUUGAACGAGACCACGCCCAUCUAUGUGACGUCCUUUAGCAGCAAUCAAAUUACCUGUAGCAGCGCCACGAUGACGACGGCCACAGCCGGCGGCCCCAUCAGCGCCCCCUCGUUGGCGCCGACCACGGCAACGGCGACGACAGCGACGCCAACGGCAGCGCCAUCGGCGGCCUUGAUGAGUGCCGCCGUGGCAGCGGCGACAGCGGCAGCAGCUGCUGCCGCCACAGCAGCAGCCAACACCGAACGCAGUGCUGAGCGCAGCUCGACGACGGCGGCGAUCGUGGGGGCCACAGCGGCUGCGGCGGCGGCAGCGCUCAAGCAGCCACCGGCGGGCAACAAGACGAGCAGCGCGACCGGCCACAUCUAUCAGACCAGCCAGGCGCAGCAGCAGCAGUUGCAGCAGCUGCAGCAGCAACUGGCAGCGGCUGCGGCGACUGGGAAGCCGCUGCAGGCGAAGUCGCUGCUCGCCAGCAGCUUGCAGCACCUGGCCGAGGAGGUGGACGACGAGGACAUGGACGACGACGACGAUGAUGUGGAUGGUGCCAACUACUGCGGCAUCACCUACAUCAGCUACAACAACAAGCACGCUCAGCUGCCGACAACAACGCUGCCAGCAACAACAACGCUGCCCGCUGCGGCCGCAACGCUGUCGACCACAGCGGCGAUCCAUCAGCAGCGGAAGGCGCAGACGAAGACGCAGGCAGCGAACAGGCCGUCGCCGCUGCAGCUGGGCAGCGAUGCUGUUGCUGGUGCCGCUGCUGGCGGUGCGGGUGGUGCGGGUGGUGCGGGUGGUGCGGGGUGUACCCACUUUGUCGAUGCCCAGACCUCAACAUCGCCGCUGGCAACUGGCGGAACGAGCAUCGUGACGGCGGCCGAGAUUGCCUUGCCGGCGCACGGACAGGGGCAAGGGCAAGGGCAAGGGCAAGGACAGGGGCAGGGACAUGGCACAGGGAUGGGCAAGGGCCAUGUGCAUGGAACGACAACGCCCAAAACGGAGUACUCGACGGCCAUAUCCAGUGGACAGCUGCAGCAGGCGUUUGCUGACUUGCAGCAGCACAGCAGCAACACGAGCAACAACAACAACAACAACAACAUCGCCAGCCAACUGCAUCAGCAACAGCAGCAGCAGCAGCAACAACAUUUACUUUUAAGCAACAACAAUAAUAGCAAUAAUUGCAUCACAUCUGGCAACAUCAGCAGCUGCGCCAGCAGCAACAUCGGAGCGUCCGCUAUAAAAAAUUGUGAUCUACUAAUAUCGAAUAAUUUGUAUCCACCGCGACGAGAGUUACUAAGUACGCUUAAUGAUGACAUCACUGUGCAUCAGUCCAGCGAUUGCCUUGGCCAGCCGUACAAUACAACUGCAGCGCUGCCAAUAGCUGGCAUCAGCAGCAGCAGCAGCUGCAGCCAGCAACAGUUGCCCUUUGACCCGCAACAGCAGCAACAGCAACAGCAGCCAAAUAGUCCCACAAGUAGCAUAUCAAAAGGAAGAACUGAACUCUUACUUGGCGAUCAACUGCUGCGACAGGAAUCACGGCCACGUCGACGUUCCGGCUCCAGCAUCGUGGUCAUUGAUGGCGAUGAUCUGAAGCCAUGUCUGCCGGAUGAUUACAUUAGCGGUCAGCACCACCAUUUGCACCACCAGCAGCAGCAGCAACAGCAGCACCAGCAGCAACAGCAUUACCGCUCGCACUCAAGUGAUAUUAGGGAGAUUGAUCAGGAAAUGCUGACCAUGUUGUCGGUCAAUCAAGAUAACGGUCCACAUCGCGAGAUGGCCGUCGACUGCCCCGACACGUUUAUAGCGCGCAACAAGACGCCACCCAGGUAUCCGCCGCCCCGUCCGCCACAGAAACACAACACCAACCACACAACAAUCACCAGCAUCAUCGCCACCACCACCAGUACCACCAACACCAACCAUACCACCAACAACACCACCCAGAACACAACUAAAACUAAAAAUGAUCAUGCUAACAAAUUGUUAAUUGUUGCAUAUCAUUCUUCACAUCAACAUGAACAACAACAACAACAACAACUACUACUACAACAUCAUCAUCAACAACAACAACACUCAUCAAAAACAACAACAACUACAACUACAACAACAACAAUUGCACUCGAUGUGGCCACACAAAAUUUAUACAAUCAAAAACAACAAACGAAAUUGGAACAAAUCGAAAACUAUGAAAACGAUCUGCAAACGGAACAGCAACAACAACAACAGCAACUGGCAGCAGCAACAUCAGCAGCAACAACAGGCGCCCAAACAGCGCAACAGCAAAUGCCUAGCUACAAGAAGCCAGCCGCAUUAGACAGCAGCAACAGCCACAGCAACAGCAACAGCCACAGCAACAGCCACAGCAACAGCCACAGCAACAACAAUGUUGCCGUCGAGCUGCUGUGCGUGGUGGAUGAGAUCUACUGCAAGGGCGACAGCUCGCCAUCGUCGAACAGCUUCGAUGAUAUGCUGAGCAAACAGACGCUGGAAACCUUUGAGACCAUUGCCUAUCGUCACCUGCAGCAGCAGCAGCAACUGACGACGAGCAACAGCAACAGCAACAGCAACACCAAUAACAACAGCAACAGCGCCACCGUGACGCCCAAUAGCAACAGCAACUCCUUGAACAGCACACGAAGCAGCAGCAACAGCUCCAUGCACAACAGCAGCAACAGUCACAGCAGCAACAGCAACAGCCACAACAGCAACAUCAACAGCGCUGCAGCAUCCACAGCGAGCAGCUCAACGAUGCCGGAUGAUCUGAGCAUGGCGCCACCUGGCUAUGAGCCAGCCGGCAAUCAGCUGCUCUUGCCGCAGGCCAAGCAUCGCGAACUGCCCGUCGACGUGCCCGAUAGUUUCAUUGAGAUGGUCAAGGCGCCGCCGCGCUACCCGCCGCCGGCGCAUCUAUCGUCGCGCGGCUCGCUGCUCUCGACUGCCAGCUCCUCGAACGCAUCCACGGCACAGACGACGCUCUCAUCGCUGGGCGUGGUUGUUGCUGCGCCAGCUGCCAUUGCUGCUGCUGCUGCUCCUGCUGCUGCUCCUGCUGCUGCUGGUGGUGCCCUUGCCGCCAUUGCUGGCGAUGGCAAGCGUAUUGCUGAUGAGCUCAAUGGCAACUCAAAGCCUUUGCCACCGCCUCGUGAUCAUCUGCGCAUCGAGAAGGAUGGACGUCUCAUUAACUGCGCCCCAGCACCACAGCUGCCAGACCGGCGAAUACCCGGCAAUGGCAGCGCCAUUCAGCAUCAGCACCAGCACCAGCAACAACAACAACAACAACAACAGCCACAGCCACAGCAAAUAGCGCAAGUUGUGGCGCCAACGCUCGAGCAAUUGGACAGCAUUAGAAAAUAUCAGGAGCAAUUGCGACGUCGACGCGAGGAGGAGGAGCGCAUCGCCCAGCAGAAUGAGUUUCUACGCAACAGCUUGCGUGGCUCACGCAAGCUCAAGGCGCUUCAGGAUACGGCCACAGCCACGCCCACGGCCGGGAAGGCGCUCGCGCAGCAGCAGCAUGCGACUACAGCAGCAACAACAAUUGCUGGCGUCGAGAACGAGGCAUAUCUGCCGGAUGAGGACCUAAUGCCAGCGGAGCACAUCGAUGGCUACGGGGAGCUGAUCGCGGCACUGACGCGUCUGCAGAGCCAGCUGGCGAAGAGCGGGCUGAGCAACCUGGCGGGCCGAGUGUCGGCGGCGCAUAAUGUCCUGGCCACCGCCAGUGUGGCCCAUGUGCUGGCCGCCAGGAGCGCGGUGCUGCAGCGCAGGCGCCCGCGGGUGGCCGGGCCGGUGCACUCCGGGGCGCUGGGCUUGCAGAAGGAGAUUGUGGAGCUGCUGACGCAGUCGAAUACGGCGUCGGCCAUUGAGCUGGGCAAUCUGCUGACCAGCCACGAGAUGGAGGGCCUGCUGUUGGCGCACGAUCGCAUUGCCAGCCAUACGGACGCGUCGCCCUCGCCCAUGCCAACGCCCAUGCCGACGCCGACGCCCUCACAGACGCCCACGGCGACGGCCACCACGCUGAGCGGCCACAGCAGUCCCGUGGCUGGAGCCAAGGCAGCGGGCACGGCCGCAGCGAGCAGCAGAGCGGCUAUGGCGGUGCUGCCGCCAGUGGUGCCGCCAGUGGCCAGCUCGGUGGCGCAGCGCGGAGCCAUGCCGCUGCCUGUGGCGGUGGGCGUGCGCGGCGAGUCGCCACCCGGCAUGAGCGCCUGCUUCGGCACGCUGAACGACCAGAACGACAACAUACGCAUCAUACAGAUCGAGAAGUCCACCGAGCCGCUGGGCGCAACGGUGCGCAACGAGGGCGAGGCGGUGGUCAUCGGCCGCAUCGUGCGCGGCGGUGCCGCCGAGAAGUCCGGCCUGCUGCACGAGGGCGACGAGAUACUGGAGGUGAAUGGCCAGGAGCUGCGGGGCAAGACGGUGAAUGAGGUGUGCGCCCUGUUGGGCGCCAUGCAGGGCACGCUCACGUUCUUGAUUGUGCCCGCCGGCAGUCCGCCGCCCGGCGGCGGCCUCUGCAGCGGCCUGGGCAUGCAUCACGUGGGCGGGAUGGCGCAUCGCGAUACGGCCGUGCUGCACGUGCGGGCACACUUCGACUAUGAUCCGGAGGAUGAUCUGUACAUACCGUGCCGGGAGCUGGGCAUCAGCUUCCAGAAGGGCGAUGUGCUGCAUGUGAUAUCCCGCGAGGAUCCCAACUGGUGGCAGGCGUACCGCGAGGGCGAGGAAGAUCAAACGCUGGCCGGCCUCAUUCCUAGUCAGUCCUUCCAGCAUCAGCGCGAGACCAUGAAGCUAGCCAUUGCCGAGGAGGCGGGUCUGGCGCGCUCCCGCGGCAAGGAGGGUGCCACCAGCAAGGGUGCAACGCUUCUCUGCGCUCGCAAAGGCCGCAAGAAGAAGAAGAAGGCUAGCUCCGAGGCAGGCUAUCCGCUUUAUGCGACGACAGCGCCCGACGAAACGGACCCCGAGGAGAUACUCACCUACGAGGAGGUUGCGCUCUACUACCCCCGCGCAACUCACAAGCGCCCCAUUGUCCUUAUCGGCCCACCCAACAUUGGCCGGCACGAACUACGCCAGCGCCUGAUGGCCGACUCCGAGCGUUUCUCGGCUGCAGUGCCACACACAUCCCGUGCCCGGCGCGAGGGCGAGGUGCCCGGCGUGGAUUAUCAUUUCAUCACGCGACAAGCCUUCGAAGCAGACAUUCUGGCGCGUCGCUUCGUGGAGCAUGGCGAAUACGAGAAGGCCUACUAUGGCACAUCACUGGAGGCCAUUCGCACAGUCGUUGCCAGUGGAAAGAUUUGUGUGCUGAACUUGCAUCCGCAGAGCCUGAAGCUGCUGCGUGCCUCCGACCUGAAGCCCUAUGUGGUGCUGGUAGCACCGCCCAGUCUCGACAAGCUGCGCCAGAAGAAACUGCGCAACGGCGAGCCGUUCAAGGAGGAGGAGCUGAAGGACAUCAUCGCCACCGCACGAGACAUGGAGGCGCGCUGGGGUCACCUCUUCGACAUGAUCAUUAUCAACAACGACACGGAGCGAGCUUAUCACCAGCUGUUGGCGGAGAUCAAUUCGCUGGAGCGCGAGCCCCAAUGGGUGCCCGCGCAGUGGGUGCACAACAAUCGCGACGAAUCAUAAUGUCUUCAUCGGCGACUGCUGCCCCAACUCUAGAUCCAGCCACAACCUCAGCGCCAGUCAGCGUUUGCUUUGUAAAUACUUUUCAAUUCAGCCAUGUGAAGGUGAAGCAGCUGCAGAAACAGCAAAUCAGCAAAUCAGCUGAUUGGCGGGUCAGUGGGCCAAGUCAUCCCUUCGCUAUGUGUAUUAUCGGGCGUGGAGUGUCUGCACUUACACAUACAGCUAUAUAUCUAUAUAGUGAGCCCAUUUAACUACUUAUUUACUUUUGUACUUAACCCGCUCCCAUAUACUCGUAUUAUUUAUGCAUGUUUGUAUGUAUGUGUAUAUUGUUUGUUGCAAAUACAUUUGAAGCAUUUCAAAACCAAAAUGCAAAUAUUUUCAAGCAUUCCAAUUAUCAAAUAUAUCUUUACACAUACAUAUAUAUAUAUAUAAAUAUAUAUAUAUAUUUUUUUUUUAUUAUUAUUUUUUUUUUUUUCUAAUUUACUUUAUGUAUGUUCACAAAAAUUGUUAUUCAAUUUUAACACUAAAAGCCCCGAUAUUUUUUAUAUAUUUUUUCUUAUGUAUUUUCAAUUAUAAGAAUUUUUUUUGAGCACUUCCUUAAUUUCAAAGGCAAAUUGAAAUUGUAAAAAAAGUGAAAUAUAAGAGUUUCAAUUAUUGUAACACGGGCCAGUCUGUACUCUAGUUCGAAUUCGAUAUCGAAUUCCAGCUCCAACUCAAAAAUAUUCAUUCAUAUGUUAAAAUAACAGAACGAAAACAAAGAUCCCUGCUACGCGCAGGAAAGGGAGAGAACGAGAGGUAGGAAUUGGAAGUGCAAAGGGCAGAAGCAAGCAAAUGUUACAAUUACGUAAUCUAUUUACUUUAUUUAACUAUAUAUAUGCAUACAUAUACCUAUGUAUGUAUACAUAUAAAUAUACACAUAAAUUAUAUGCAAAAACAAAAACAAAAACAAUUAAUUUUUAAUGACAAGCUACGAAAAGCAGCAAAUGAAGCGAGCGAUAGAAAGAGAUAGUAAUAGAUACCAACACCAACAACAACAAAGAAAGGAAUCAGAACGUCAUUGCCAAAUAAAACAAAUAAAAAAAUAAAUAAAUAUUACAAAUACCAAGUAUGAAUAUUAAAACAAAAACAGAAAACAUUCCGCCAGCAAGCUAAAAAAAAUAGUAUGAAAUACAUUAUGAAAUAGCAUCUUAAAUAGGCACUGUAAAAAAUGAUUAUAAAAAUAAAAAUUAACAAACAAAUAAAGAAUAUAAACAAUUGAAGAAACAGUUAGGCAUUAGGCUAAGCGAAAUGCAGAAUGGAAUAAAUAGAAAACAAAAAAAGAAAAGAUACAAAUAAAAUAAAUGUUGUAAUUAAUUAUUUAAAAUGCGAAUAGUAAAUUGAAAAAAAAAAAAUAAUAAUAAUAAUAAAAGAAAAAAAAUUAACAAAAAUCACACAACAGAACUAAAGGUCUAAAUCGAAUUAGUUGCGCAAUUUUAGACAUGAAAAUAUAUAUCUAUAUGUAUAGUGAUACAUAUAGAUAUAUACAUGUAUACAUUUAUAACAAAUUAGUUGAAUGUGCAACAAUUUUAUUAAGGAAAACCAACAAAAACAACAAGAUAACGGCGUCAAGUAAAUAAAUUAGCAAACUAUGUUACACAAUGUUGAACA